AUGGCACCUUCAACAUCACUACAGUUCCUUGAGCUUCCAGGCUCAAAUGGCUACAUUCAUGGUCUGUAUGGACUGGAAGCAUGCACCGUCCGUGGUCUUAUCCGCAUUCAGCAUCCUAUCCAAAAACCUCUCUACAUCAAGCGGUUAAAACUCACUCUUAAAGGUCUUCUCUGGACUCGCUUUCUGGACACAGUCGUAUCUUUUGACAUGGUUCGUAGAGAAAAGGUUCUAUUUGAAAUAUGCGUUGAUGUCCUCCAGGAUGCCGAAAUCGACAAAAAUGAAAUCAAUAUAUUGAGCGGAAUACUGGAUGUUCCUUUUGAAAUUGCAUGGCCAUUGCAUGAUCCUGUAACCAAUGGGCAUGGUCCAAGCCAUCAACUUCUUCCACCAUCAUGCACAGUAUUUGGCCAGAGCGGAUCGCUGCAUCAUUAUCAGUCCAAUGUCGAGUAUACAUUAACUGCAACUCUAGUUGAAAGUGCAGUGCCAUUGUCUUCAACAAAAUCAGGAAAUUCUCUAAAUUCUAGUACAGCCGACUUGGAUACAGCAGAUGGUUCAUCUGGCCAUCGAUCGGGAUUUUCUGCAUCACUUGGCGCAGCAGCAGCAACCUUUGGGCUUGGAUCGCUUUUUGCACCUCCAGUUCGAACCUGCAUAUUGCCUAUUUCUCCAUUUGUUGUUUAUGAUGCACGGAUGCUGCCUAUCAUUAUGCAUCCAGAUCCACGGAGAUGGCGAUCUUCACCUGGUAUGGUACCAAUUGAAUAUGACAUUGAAGUGGGUCCUAUCGCACUUGGACCCAACGAUCCAAUUCGGUUUGCAUAUAGGAUGAUUGUUGAUAGCGAGUCUGCCAGACUGGGUGUACGAGUUAAAAAAGUUACAUUUAUACUCAAGGAAACUCAUAUUGUUGGGGAAGAUCGAUGUUGUAUUAUGGAUGACCAGCAGCAGUACUAUCAUAUCCACCAGCCGCCUGCUCGGGUUAAAGGUGUCACAGAGCUUUUGCGUUGGGAGCACACAGAAUAUAAUCCAAUUUCACAAUCCGAUUCCGUUGCAACAGGAAAACCUGAAUCAGGAUAUUUGCGCGAUUCGACUACUGCUGGUUCAGCCUCUGGACUUCGUGCAAGUUCAUCUUCUGGACCUCGGCUAUCAUCAUAUCAGAAUUCAUCUUUGAGUCGUCAAGUCUCGUUUCAGCAGAAUACCGCUGCAUUUGAACUUCUCCCACUACGUGAAUCACAAAAGUCUGUCGAGGUCAUGUCACGUCCGGGCACACGCGGUGGAGCAGGCGACGGAUUGUAUGUUGAGAAUGAAACCACACUUUAUAUACCCUCUCUAGGAGGAUUCACAGCUACCACAGCAAAACCCGUUAUACCUUCAGAAAAUUACAUUUGCCAAAAACUGAAUCCGCGUGAAGCCAUUUUACAAGUACGACAUAGUGUACAUGUUACUAUUGAUUUUAUUGAAGCCGAGCGUAUCUCGAUUGAAAGCGGCGUGUAUUUACUCUCUGUGGGUCAUGAGGAGUGUGCGUAUGUGUUGGAUAACCAUCCUGAGAUUCUCCCAACUUUAGACUACGAUAAAAUUGUUGGAAUAGAAACUUGGGUUCCAGAAUACUCUGCUCAAGACCAAGUGUUUAUGGAUUCUUGUUCAUCUUUGCUUCAUUCACAACAGCAUGAUUCGGAUAGCUAUAGUAGCCAUUCAUUCCAUCCAGUCGUACCAGAAAGAAGCCAUUCGAUAGAUACCACGCAUUCUUUAUUGCCACAUCGUCAGUCAGAUGCUCAAUCUAUAAUUUCAGACGACAUGUAUUCUACAGAUACUGAUUUAUACGGAGAUUCUAAUCCAUCCCGUAAUAUGAUACCCGACUCACCUACACCGCGCUAUGAAGAUAUUAUGCGUGCACCGAUAUCCACACAGUCAUCCGUAACGACGACCAAGUUGGAUAAUAAUGACACCAGUCAUAACUACCUUGAUAAUAAUAGUAAUAAUAUAUCAGUUUCGCACGAUAGAUUGUAUCAGCCCUACUCAACUGAAUCUCUUCCGUCAAUACCUUUAAACUCGGCCGCUUGUAUAUCUCACUCACCUGAUUCUACUACUAGUAACUCUGACCGCUCACCCAUGACUGUGUUGAAAUCGACUUCAUUGGCCAAUUCAAAUGAGGAUCAAAAUGCUAUUCGUGAUCCGUUGACAUGGUUUGCAUCUGAACCCCCAUCGAUUAUGCCCUUGGAAGAAGCUUUAUCCGAGGCAAUGCAGGAUUUAUUGGAUACACGUGUGCAACUUUCAACUGGUCGAAGCAGAGUGGGUCGAUACUCUGUUCACUUGCAUGGCAAUACCAGCAACUACCGUGAUCGUGAUACUCGAAGCGACAGUCUUUUAUCAUAUGGAUCAAACUGCUACUAUGGUGGUUCAAAUCAAUUGAGUCAUGGAGACAGUCAUAUAGGAGAGACUAAUGAAGAUACUAGUCAAUACCUUAGUUGA